GGAUAAAGGCAGUUUGUGAAUUGUGCCCAGGACUGACUACCUACCAUUUAGCAGGUGAACUACUAGAAGCAAGGUGAAGUGAACUACGUGCAUGAAAUCAUGGCUGCUAAUAUUAUGGAGAUGUUAAGACAAAUUCAACGUGAUUUAGCUGAUCAAAAAGAUUACAUGAGGAACUUGCACGUAAUUAAUAGAGACCUGAAAGAAAAGCUAAAUCUCAUGGAUGAACGAACAACAGACUUACCUAAGGUACUUGUGGCUAUAAAUAGGCUAGAACAGCAAGUUAAAAAGAACAAUAUGAUUCUUUACGGAAACGACGAGACUGAAAUUAUUUCCGAAGGAACUAUAAUGCCCUACAAAUCUCAUAUUGACGACGAGGAGAAGGCAGAAUUUCUCGGUAGAAUAUCUGAAAACAGCACAGAAAAUACUGAGGUAACUGAACUUUAUCCAUCGAAAGUAAAAUUAAAGGAGGAGUUAAAUGGCAAUGAUGAAAGUAAAAACGAUGACCACAUUGAAACGCCGGAGUUUACCACAGACGAAUUAGGAGAAAUAAUCAGUAAGGAGAUGCACGAAACAAAGCAACCGAUUCGGAUUCUAAAUUGUCCAUUCUGCAAACAAGAUGCUGCUGAGAAGUUCACGACUUAUAUAAACUCAGAUCAGACUCAAAAGCUCGAAGACAUUUUGAACAGAAUAACUGACCUGUAUCAGUCUGACAUGAAAGAUCUGAGACAAUCAAUGAAACAUUUAGAAGCGACAAUCAAAAUGUUUACUGAGGAAGCAGUGAGCACAGUACGACAACAAGAAACGAUUCAGAAUACACCUACUUAUUUCACUACAGAACAGAUCAGCCAGAUCAAUGCUGUAUUAAAACGAAUUACAGACUCGAACCAAUCUCAGACCGAAGAAGUUAAGAAACUAAUUAACGAUAAUGCAAGAAAUGUUAGUCAAGAACAGAUUGACAAAUUAAUUGCCACUUGUACUAAAUUAAAAUCAAACGCAGAAACGAAUCAGUCUGAAAUGAGACAAAUGCAAGAACUUAUGAAGUACUUUGUAGCAAAAAAGUUGCCCAUUGAAGCGAGUACAGCCAGCAAACAGAAGACUGUCCAGAUAUCUCCGACAUAUUUCAGUCCAGACCAGAUGAGCAAGCUUAAUAGUGGACUGAAGCGUGUUGCAGAGAUAUAUCAGGGGACCGACAUGUUCCCUGUUAUACAAGUAGUACCGGGGGCUGCUGAUGAGCACCCUGUUAUGAAACAACUACGAGAAGGUGUAUUUUAUACCUUGCGUGUGGAUUGCGAAAAUGAAGGUAAAUAUUUUAAGGUUAAACUUGGAACCAAUGGACUUAAGAGGACUAGUGUCAUAGACAUGAUCACAGAUUAUCCGAAUUUGACAGUAAAUGACGUUGUUAAGGAAUGGUUGAUAUCAAUCAAAAAAUGGAAUACGUGGUCUCAAGCAUACUGGUUUAAUUGGCCUAUGGGAUAUAAUAAAGUCACAGGAAGAUUACGAGCUCUUGAGGUAGGGCAGUAGGAACUAAGGCGUGGGCCAGUUAAGUAUUAUCGUACUGCUUGAUACUGCUCCUAUAGUUGCCACCUUCAAUUAUAAUUCCUAAUACCCGAAUACCUAGGAUAUAAAUAGGAUGCCAACUAGACGGAGUAUUAUUGCAAUGUUCUGUCACCAGCGUGCAGCACUAGAACAAACCGUAAAGCAUAGAGUAACUUAUUAAUCGUAUUAUAGAUAUUAUGCCCUUAACUUUUUUCACAGAAUAUUACUCGUACUUGUUACGAAUAAAAUUAAAUAUGACAUUGACGCAUCAAGGCGGUUUGUUGACUGCUUACUGUGCUAAUAGCACAAACUGAUUAAGACUAACUGCGAAAUCUCUAGAACAGUCCUGAAAUUUGGUAUGUAUAUAAAUUAAAGGCCCCUUUUUCAUGUCCACGGAUACCAUUUGACAUUAUAUUUUUAGUUUACUUGUCGCCAGUUAAGGCUUAAUUUGAUGAUAAAUGACUAUAGUCUUUCGAUAGCGAUUAUAUUUUAAGAUUUAUUUUUAAUUAUAU